AUGGCUGAUCGUCGUUUACCAAAUCAGACUGAAUCUCGUGGUGUUAAUACGACAAAAACAGUACCAAUAAUAAAUGUCGUACGUGAUGAUAUUCAAACAUCAGCUAUAGCAGCAACAGCUGCAGCAACAACAAUACCUGAACGUCGUCAAUCAGUAUUUCGACGUUUAUCAAUGUCUAUGGGUAGUCGAAAAUCAUCAAUGUUACCACCAUCUAAUCAACUUCGACCAAAUACAUUUCGUAUGGAACCCGAUAAAGAAUAUCGUUUUCGUCCUUAUCGUGUUCAACCGAAAGUAUUAGAAGUCUUAAUCGAUAGACUAAAAGAUAAAACAUAUAAUCCAUUAACUGUAAAUGAACUUGUGAAAGAAAUUACGCGAAGUGUUCAUCAAUUAAUGAAAAAUUUUCAAAUGCCACGUUAUAAAAUUAUUGUUCAAACUGUUAUUGGACAAAAAUUUGGACAACUUUUACGUAUUGCAUCAAGAUCUUUAUGGGAUCCGAAGACUGAUAAUAUGAUAUCAGUAAAUUAUGAAACUCAAGAUAUGGUUGCUGUUGUUACUGUUUAUGCUGUAUAUCUUGAAUAG